AAUUUCGGAACACAACCUAAAAAGAACAGGCCUAAUAAGAUAAACAAGAUAGAUAUCGAUAACCUAACCAGUACGUCAACAGUUGAUUCAGAGUCAGUUAUUGUAAUAUAAUUAUCAUAUCAAUGGCAUUAAAAGUUGAAAGUGUAUGAUUUAGCUAUUAGUAUUAAUAAUUAAUUCUAGUGAACAGUGAUUCAUGAUGCUGAGAUUUCGACAAUUAUUUCCGCAAUGUUGUUCAGUUAUAGGAAUGGUGCAUGUAGGAGCACUCCCUGGAACGCCAAGGUAUGGAGGCUGUACUAAGAAGAUUAUAGAAAAUGCAGUAAAGGAGGCAUUAAUAUAUGCCAAUUGUUGCGUGCAGAUAGAAGGCUGAAAGCGAUUAUAGCCUUUCUUGUGAAAUCGUCGAAACUCUCGUAUACUAGCGUCUCAACCUCCAUUUUAACAUUUGGAAUUAAGGAUAUGCUGGAUUGACGAGCGAAUUCCGACGAAAACACAUAUGCACAUCUACACAUACAUAGAUACAUUUAUGUAUACAUACAUAUACUCAUACAUACAUUUCUGUACACACAUGAUACACAUAUACACAUAUGAACAAAUUUUUGUGAUACUCUCCUGAUCAUAAUAAGUGUCUAAGCCUAAUUCUAAGAACUCAACGUUGCUUCUUCAUAUAACCUUCUAAUCUAGCAAUAUCAGCCUUAAUAGCAUAUAAUAUCAUUUGAAUAUUCUCGUACUGAAAGUACGUAGAGAUCAUACGUACUAUUGCCUAAUAUACUAGAAAACAUUCAUAUGACAUCUUAAUGGUUUAUCAUUUCUCAUAUAUUCUUAAGCUCAUCUUCAGAAUAUAUCGAAUAUAUCCUAGCACCAUAUGGUACGAAUAUUCUGUAUUUAUACUGAAUGUACUGUGAUCAUACCGAAUGUACUAAGAUUAUUCGUAUAAAAUCUAUAUCCCAAGUAGCAAGAUGACGUUAUUAUGACGAUGAUUUAAAGUUUUCAUUUUUUGUCAGUGUACUAAAAAACAACGUAAAACAAACGUAACAUUUGUCAUGAAAAAUAUUAUCAUAAAUAUAUUGUCAUUUAAUCGUCAUUUUUAAGCCAAUU